AUGGACUAUCCAAACUCUGUUACUCUUAAAGAUGAGACUACAAUCCCUUGGGCUUACUAUGCAAUCACUGAUGAAGACUAUUCUGAAGAGGAAAAAAGACUGGAAUGUAUAGCAUUCAUUCUUCGUGUGUUUUUCAUAGUGAUCUAUUCUGUGGCUUUCCUAGUAGGGACCAUCGGGAAUGGUGUGGUCAUCUUUUUUACCGUCUUUGUAAUGAAACGGACUGUCAAUGUUGUGUGGUUCCUUAAUUUGGCCAUAGCUGAUUUUCUCUUCUCGUUUUUCCUACCGUUGAGCAUUACCCAUGUCACUCUUAACUUUCACUGGCCUUUUGGAAAAUUCAUGUGCAAGCUGAACCACACUGUUCUAUUCAUCAAUCUGUACGCCAGCAUCUUCCUGCUCACCGUGAUCAGCGUUGAUCGAUACAUCUCCGUUGUGUUUCCUGUUUGGUGUCAGAAUCACCGAACUCCGAGGUUGGCCUCUUUAGUAGCCGGGGCAGUAUGGAUCUUAGCAUUCAUUUUCAGUAUACCUUAUGCUAUUUUCCGAGAUAUAAACGAUAAUGCAGAAGAUUAUGUUUCAUGUUAUAACAACUUUCAUGCGGAUGAGGACAUUGCCUAUUCAAGGCACAAGGCUACAGAGGAUCAAGUGGUUGCUUCGUCAAUACAUAAGGGCAUGAUCAUAAUACGACUGAUCUUCAGUUUCAUCAUUCCAUUCACUGUCAUUAUCUUGUGUUAUGCAGUAAUUAUCUCCCGCAUCCAAAGAAAUCGCAUGAAACACAACUGGCAAGCCAUUUAA